GGUGGUGAAGUCCAAGUGUUUGAUGAAAUUUCGUUAAUAAUCUCAACCUCUACUUGUUUCAUAGCUAGCACUCUUAACAAGUUCAGAUUUGUUGUUUUUGCUCAUUUGGGUUCUUGUUUUUGGUGUGAGAUUGAUUUGGACUUGAACUCAAAUGAUGGAAAUGCCUCGAAAUUCGAACACAAGAAGUGCGGACUGCUUGGAAGGAAUGCUAAAUGAUUAUGUGGGAGGGAAGGCCAAGUUGAAGGCUCAUAAGAGUACUUCUUCUAGGCUUGUAACUGCUCUCACUUGUCUCCAAUUUGCCUUUGCAGUUUAUGCAACAUUCCUUCUUUACUACAUGAGCCCUUCGAUCGAUUUACGAACCAAACCAGACUUUGCAUGGGCUACCAAGAUUGCACAACAAUGGAAACACUAUAUAAUCCAACCCCACAUUCUCAACCACUAUCAAGAAUCCGCUUCUCUUGUUCAAACCGAAAGCCUUCCAAUCAUGCCCUCGCUAGUUUGCGAGCAUGAGAAGAUUGAUUUCAUGCAGAAGAAGUCCAACGAUGCCCAGAUGAUCAAGCUUAAGACAGAGCUUUACCAUGAGGUUUUGGACUUUCAGAGCAAAUCCAUCGGCACGGAAACUCUUGCUCAGUUGAUGGCAAUGAAAUCGAAGUGGGAUUUGAAGGGCCCCAACAGACCAAAAGUCACAGUGAUCUUAAACCACUUCAAGAGAAAAACACUUUGUGCUCAGCUGGACACCUUGCUUCAACAAACCCUUCCCUUCCACCACGUUUGGGUGCUUUCAUUUGGGAGCCCAAAUGAGCUUUCGUUGAAGAGAAUUGUCGAAAGCUACAACGAUUCAAGGAUAAGCUUCAUAAGUUCAAGCUAUGACUUCAAGUACUAUGGAAGGUUCCAAAUGGCUCUGCAAACCGAAGCCGAUCUUGUGUACAUUCUUGAUGAUGACAUGAUUCCUGGGAAGAAAAUGCUGCAGAUUUUGUCACAUGUAGCGGGAACGGAGAAGUACAAGAAUGCGGUUUUGGGAAGCAUAGGGAGAAUUCUGCCAUUCAGGCAGAAGGAUUUUACCUUUCCAAGCUACAGAAAGUUCAGGUCUAAGGAGGCAGGGCUUUAUUUGCCUGACCCUGCUUAUGAUAUCACACUGGAUAAAAUUGUGCAGGUGGACUUCCUUUCCAGUUCUUGGUUCUUGUCUGCAGAGCAUAUCAAGACACUUUUCAUCGAGAAACCCUUCACCUUUUCGACUGGCGAAGAUCUACACCUCAGCUAUCAGCUUCAAAAGUACAGAAAUGCAGGAUCAUUUGUUCUUCCAGUUGACUCAAAUGAUAAGGAAACUUGGGGCGACAGUGAACAUAGGCUUGCUUAUGUGUCCGAAACCACUGUAAUUUUCAAAGAUAUCGUUCAAGUCCGAGAUGAUCAAUGGUGGAAAGCACUAUCUACUGGUUAUAUCACUCAGUGGGCUGCAAUGUAUCCUCAAAAGGUUGAUGCUCUCUUUUAUGCUCAUUCGGUUGAUGAAGUUAAGGCACUUGCACCCCUUCUUGAGAAAUUCAGGUCUACCGUUGGCAAGAAAGCUUACAUCGCUGUCUCGGGCGGAAGUUACUGCACUUGUGAAGAUGCAGCAACUGCUCUCAAGUGGCCUAUAUUGGUCUGUAGAGAGAGAAGGUUUAAGAUAUUCGAUUUGGCUGUGGGAGCUCUCUCGGGAGUGUCAAACUCGGAGGUGGUAGUGCUGCAAGGAGUGUAUGCUAGCAUGAAAGGAUUGAUCAAGAUUCACAACCCAAGUGUAGUGAUCACAGUGGCUGACAUUGAUCCUAAUGUGAAGAAAGCAUUGAAAAUGGCGACAGAAACAAAUACGAAUGCUACAACAUUGGUUCUUUUACCGAGGCCUUCGAUUUCUAAGGUUCUUUGGAUGGCUGAUCUUAGAACAACAGCACUGCCAAAUUGGAACCGAAUGCGGAUAUCCAUCAACAUCAUCACCCAAAACAGAGUUCACUCACUUACAAGGCUGCUCAAAUCUCUCAGUGAUGCCUACUAUCUUGGUGAUGAGGUACCUAUCAGCUUUAACAUGGACAGUAAAGUGGAUGAGGCAACUAUUAGACUAGUAAGCUCCUUUGACUGGGCUCAUGGCCCGAAAACCCUCAAAAGACGAAUCAUCCAAGGAGGGCUUAUUCGAGCUGUCAGCGAGAGUUGGUACCCUUCAUCUGACGAUGAUUUUGGUCUGUUACUCGAGGAUGAUAUUGAAGUCUCUCCUUAUUACUACCUAUGGAUCAAAUACGCCCUCUUAGCUUAUCACUAUGACCCCCAAGCUGUUGUUAAAUUUUUCCAAUUUGAUAGUGGUGGUGCAUAUAUGAGUUUGGCUUUUAAAAGGUUUCUAAGCUCACACGGUGCACUUGAUUUCAUGCCCAUAUACUCCCUAACAGAAUGA